UUAUUUACUUGAAUCUCUCAGACCUGAGAUUGCAGUUUUUUUUGUUUUUUGGGGAGGAAGUUGCAAGCUUGUUUUUUCGGUCAGUUGUCUUCUUACCUUCCCUCAGGACAGAAGAUGAGUCUUUUGAUUUCUUACUGAUGUCUUCCCCUGUGCAUCAGCUUACGGACGAAAGCAUCUGAGGAUCUGAGCAGCAGUUUGUUAGAGGGGAAACUUCUAUUUGUGGGGGAAAGAUCUGUUUUGGAUCGUCCUAUCAACUGUGCGUUAACGUACACGUACCUUUCUUGUGGAGCCUGUACUAGAUAAACCUACACCAUCACCCUCCUCUCUCUCUCUCUCUCUCUCUCUCUCUCUCUCUCACUCUUUCUCUGGCUCUUUGAGUGCAUAGUUGUACUGGACUUCCUUGGUGCACGGAUCUUCUCAUUAAAUAUAUACGUCAGGAAUUGGUUUCUAAGCAGUGGUUGUCAGUGAAAGGGUGAGGAGGACCAAGUGGGGAAAGGCAAGAAAGAGCAAAAAAAAAAAGAAGAAGAGCAAGAACAAGACUGCUAGAAGCAUCUCGAACCUUGUGAAGUAGCUUCUUCGUCCUCCAAGUGUCAGUUUUAAUAAGCUCUAUUAUAGCGAUAUACUAAAUUAUACAAAAGAACUGUGAGCCUGAGAGAGGGGAAACAAGAAGGAUUCCGCCGGGUUGCCGUAGCUGAGCUCGAGAAGUUAAAAGAAGCUACGUAAGGAAGCGUUUCCUCACUGCCAGAGAGCCCCUGACUCCUCGCUCAAGAUGAUGAUGUAUUUGUGGGGUAAUCAGGACGCCCCAGCACCCCCAGAAACCAUGGCCCAGCCCUACCCAUCAGCCCAAUUCGCUCCCCCUCAGAACGGCAUUCCUGCUGAGUACACGCCGUCCCACCCUCACCCUCACCCGACUCCGGACUACUCGGGCCAGACCCCCGUGGCAGAGCACGCGCUGACCAUGUACACCCCUGCCCAGACGCACAGUGAGCCCAGCGGACCAGACAACAGCGUACAGGUGGUCUCUGGCACAGCCACACAGACAGACGAUUCAGCACAGACAGACAGACAACUGCAAACACAGUCAUCUGAAAACACAGAAAACAAAUCACAGCCCAAGAGGCUCCACGUCUCCAACAUCCCCUUCAGGUUCAGAGAUCCAGACCUCAGGCAAAUGUUUGGUCAAUUUGGUAAAAUCUUAGAUGUUGAAAUCAUAUUUAAUGAACGAGGAUCGAAGGGUUUUGGUUUCGUAACUUUCGAAAAUAGUGCCGAUGCGGACAGGGCCAGAGAGAAAUUACACGGCACGGUGGUAGAAGGUCGUAAAAUAGAGGUUAACAAUGCAACAGCACGGGUAAUGACGAAUAAAAAGGCCGUCACCCCAUAUGCAAACGGCUGGAAGUUGAAUCCAGUCAUGGGUGCAGUCUACAGCCCAGAAUUCUAUGCAGUGCCAGGCUUCCCAUACCCAGCAGCCACAGCGGCAGCGGCGUACAGAGGGGCACACUUAAGAGGAAGAGGGCGCACCGUUUACAAUACGUUCCGGGCAGCUGCGCCUCCCCCACACAUCCCAGCCUAUGGAGGUUUUGUUUACCAGGAUGGAUUUUAUGGUGCAGAUAUUUAUGGUGGUUAUGCUGCCUACCGAUACACUCAGCCUGCUACUGCUACCGCCGCUGCCUACAGUGACAGUUACGGACGAGUUUAUGCUGCCGACCCCUACAACCACGCACUUGCUCCAGCAGCCGCAUACGGCAUUGGUGCCAUGAAUGCUUUCACUCCCUUGACUGAUGCCAAGACCAGAAGCCACGCCGACGAUGUGGGUCUCGUUCUUUCUUCUUUGCAGGCUAGUAUAUACCGAGGUGGAUACAGUCGUUUUGCGCCAUACUAAAAAAACAAACAAAAAAAAAAAACUUUCAAAACCUAUUGAGAAUCUUCCUGUGGGGGUAACGGAGGAGUAAUUCAGAGGCCUGGGUAUUGCAAUACAUGCAGUAGUGCAUCAUUUUAGCAUCUCUUAAGAGAGAGAAGACAAAAACGGAUAUUUUUCAUCUUAUACCUCAGAUAUUUUGUGCUGUGUAUUUUAAUAUUGUGGGUUUUUCAUUUCUAAAGAUUACAUAGAUCGUUGGCUGUAGAGGUUUCUGUGGUGAUCUAGAGAGCUGCUAGAUUUUAAAAAGAUUAAAAAAAUUAAAUAAGAUAAAAAUUGUUAGGGCUUUAUCAUGUAAAUGAGUUAUGUAUGAUAAAUAUUCAAGUCACUUCGGGGUUAUCAUAUUCUGUAAGGGUGUAAGUGACUAGAGUCGUCCAGUGGUUUCUGCUUCCAUUUGACAUCGCCUUUUGUCUUUCUUUUGGUUUCUUUUGUUUCUGGGUUCUGUGCCGUGAAGGAGGCGUGUGCAGGGGGUUGUGGGUAGGAGUAGAUGCGGGCGUGGUGGGCGAAGGACCGGGGGCUGGCGGUAAAGUCGGUGUAGUUCCCCCGAGUGCAGUGAAGACACAGAGCCGGUCAAAGAGACCACUGAGGUAUCGAUUAUUUAAGCUGUCUCAUAUCAGUCAUUACUCAAAGCCAAAGGUUAUGUUCCUGGGGUGUUCAGUGUGUAUAUUUAGACUAUACAAAGCAGCUCGUAGAAACUCCCCAAAAAUUCCCCAUGACAGUAUUUUACUGUUUAACUAUUAGCUAGUCCUUAAGACAGACCCGCGCUAGUUUAGGCCUACCACCAGAUGUUCUUUUUAUAUUACAGUACUUCCAGUACGUCGAUUGAUAUAAAUGCUGACUUUUAUAAUACGGGAGAGAUGAAACACGAAAAAAAAAAAAAAAAAAACGGCGACAGUAGCGCCGUUUAUUUUAUUAUUAUUUUUUUCUGUUUUUUUGUUUUUGUUUGUUUGUUUGUUUUUUUGUUUGUUUUUUUUCAGUUUUUUCUCAGAAGUUAAGAAACUCUGAUUAUUUGUACAAGACGAGAGUGGGAAAAAAAUUAACUAACAGUGUAUUAAAUUUGAUCUGUGCAGUGAAAAUGUUCUCUUAUACGAAAAACACAACUGUAUAAUGUUUUAGAUUUAGUGUGGUAGACCAGCUGUUAGAGAAAGGCGUCUCAUUUUUUAUGGAAUCAUACACAGAUUUAUAUCAACACUUUACAAGUAAUGCAAUCAUUAUGUAGAUAUAAUCAUAGUAUUUUUGUCAACUGUACAAUUUUGCACACACAUCCUGCAAUUUUUUUCCAUCACUACUACUACUACUUCUCGAUUGUGGGACGUUCUGUUGUCUUUUGGCUCUUUUGGUUCUUUUGGUUUUGAGAUCAUUUUCAAUGUGACAUCCUUUGUACUAUUAUUUUCUAGAACACAGCCUUUACACUUUGAAACUGUUUGAUUAUCGAGAACCUGAGAAAUAUAUGACUUGUGAAAAAGAGAUCUAUAUGUAAAUAGGAAUAAUGAGAACUAUGUCAUUUACAAGUGCUACACAAACAAGCUGUCGAGGUGUUCUUGAAGAGUCGCAGCUUGGCUGUGCAUAUGCGAAGACUUCCCUUCAUGUUGUUUACAAGUAUACCUAAUUAGAGGUGUUUGUCACAUAUCUUUUUUUUUUUCUUUUGUAUUUAUAAAAGUUUAAAUUGCAUAAAAUACAAACAAAAGAGCAGCUCCAAUUUAUCCGGCUGCGAAUAUCCUCUUGUGUACUGUGUGCCUCACAUCACACAACUCGGCAAAAAUAUCUUACCCACUGCUGUGAUUCUGCUCUUUCUGCUUUAAGUACGUGUUGUGGACCGGCUUUCUCCUUGUCACUGUAUGUGCAUGCACUAUGAUCUGCAUAACAAUAACCAUCAAUAAAGUUUCUCAAGAUAACGGGAA